AUGCCGGCGAGAGUUGGAGGCUCGUCCUCCCCCGAGUCGAGCGAAGAUGAUGCGCCCCGUCCUGCGCGCGGUCAUCUCGCCGCGAGAGACAAAGGCAAAGGCCGCGAUGUCUCCAUUGGUAAGCGGAAACGUACAGAUACGGAAAAUGGGGGUCAUGCCGCACGUCGCCGAGCUACGCGCUCCGUUGAGAGAGAAGAAGAAGAAGAGGAAGAAGAAGAAGAAGAAGGAUACGACUCGGACAUCUAUGACCCAGACCAACCAAUGGAAGAACGUCGAGAAAUCCAACGAAAGCUCCGAGACCUUCAUAAGGGCAUCAACGAAAACAUGGAAGAGUACAUGCUGCCAGGCUCAACGGGUCUGAAGGAUACCUUGAUGAUGGCUCAGCGCGUUGCUAGGGGUGUGAAGCAAACUACGGAGGCGACAAUAGACUCUCGCCUGCUUGUCAGCGCCGUCGAUAUGUCGUACCGCAAAACCGUGAGGUUGAUGCAGGGAAGCUCCACCGAGGGUGUCGAUGUGGAUGAGUUCGUCUCCAAGUGCUGCACCUACAUGCGGCAAGCCGGUGGAAUCGCAGACGACGAGGCGCCAGAGCUAUCCGGUACACAAAGACGGAGACGCCGCACCAAUAACAAUACACGCGAUGAUGAGGAUGAAGGGAACGACGAGGCCUUCAACUGGAGCCAUCUCGGACGCUUCGCUUCCUUACCAAAUGUUCGUCGGCCAGCCUUGCCCGGCUUUCUCCUUGGUCCCUUGUCCGUUGAGAAGAAAGUACGCAAGAUCUCGAAGCGCACCGCCCCCUUCAGACCCAAUAACCUGGAAGAGACGAGACCCGAGGUGUUGAAUGUCGAGGACCUUGCCAAGAAGGAGAAUGAUUUGACCGCUAUCUGCGGUAAGAUUCUGAAGCAGCUGGACAAGGUGCAAAGCAGCAUUCAAACGGAGCUCUCUGAAAUAUUCGAAAACACCGAAAUGGACGACGCCGAGCAGAUUCAACUCAUGCAGAAGUACGGUCUACGGGAUACAGGCGGUGUUGACCUACUUCGUUUCGUUGUCAACCCCAAGUCCUUUGGCCAAACGGUGGAAAAUAUGUUCUACGUCAGUUUCCUCAUUCGUGAUGGAAAGGUUGGCAUCGAGUUUGACAGCGACGAGUACCCCUCUCUCAAUCCCAUCAGCAAUGGAGACGCAAACGAGGACGGCACAGUCAAGCGUGAGACAGCGAAGCAGCAAGCAAUCUUUUCCAUGGACAUGCAAACAUGGCAAGAUAUCAUUGACACAUUUGAGAUUAAGGAGCCGAUGAUCACCCAUCGGAAAGAAGCAACAGCGCAAGGUCCCGGUGCCAGGGGAUGGUACAAUUAG